AUGCUUGCCGGCGUGCAGACGCUCACGUCGGGGGUCGUCUCCGAGACCGCUCAGGAGCCCUGUGUCGCCCCGACCACUGGCUGGGCGAGGAGCCAGGAGCCUGGACGACACUCAGGGGGCACGGUGUGCCUGGGAGGGGCGGCGGGAGGCCCCGCCCAGCGAGCCCCCGCUUCCCCGCCCCCAUGCUCUGUUGUUUCUCCGCUUGCCGAAUGGGCCCUAACCCUCUUCUUCCUCUCUGUCCACUUUUCUUGCAGCCGCUGCGAGCGCUUGCCUUGCCAUGAGAAUCAGGAGUGCCCCAAGCUGCCUCUGAGAAUAACCUACUACCACCUCUCUUUCCCCACCAACAUCCAAGUGCCCGCCGUGGUUUUCCGCAUGGGCCCCUCCAGUGCCGUCCCCGGGGACAGCAUGAAGCUGGCCAUCACCGGCGGCAACGAGGAGGGCUUUUUCACCACCCAGAAGGUGAGCCACCACAGUGGGGUGGUGGCCCUCGCCAAGCCCGUCCCCGAGCCCAGGGACUUGCUCCUGACCAUCAGGAUGGACCUCUCUCGCCACGGCACCGUCAGCUCCUUUGUGGCCAAGCUUUACAUCUUUGUGUCCGCAGAGCUCUGAGCACGCGCUUUGGGCCGUGGGGGGCCCCCUCUUGUUGCUUUCCUCCCCCUCCCCCCCGGGAUCCGAAUAAAGGUUCAGCGGG